UAUUCAAAAAAUGGAAAGGCUCGAAAACAGAGGAGGAUAAAGCCAUCUACACCAAGGCUAAGAAGACGGUUAAGCAAACGAUAAUCACACUGAUGGAGGAGAGAAGUCUCGAAAUAGCAAAGAGCAUGGAAGUCGAUAUGAAGAAUUUCCAAAUCUUCAAACGUCUAAAAAAGAUGAAUAACGAGAAGAAAGACAUCCAACAAGUUAAAAGUAUCAAAGACCGGGACGGCAACGUAAUUAUUGAUCAGGAGGGAAUAAAGAGUGUAUGGAAGCGUUACAUGGAAGAUUUGUUAAAUCAAGUAAAUGAAAGCGAAACGUUAACAAACAACCCUCCCACGAUUGGCCCCGCAUGUCAAUUUUCAUCUGCCGAAAUUGGCACUGCUAUUAAAAAGAUGAAACCAAAUAAAGCUAAAGGUUACACAGAUUUGACAAGUGAUAUGAUCAAGCCUAUAUGCCCCAAGGCGCUAAAUUUCCUAUCAAACCUUUUCAAUAAAAUUCAAAAUGUUCAUGUAAUCCCUGACGACUGGAAAUAUAGCAUUACAGUCCCAAUAUUCAAACAAAAAGGCGACAUUCUAAAUUGCGCCUCGUAUCGACCUAUUAAACUCCUGGAGCACGCUAUGAAAAUGUUUGAAUCAGUGCUUGAAGCUAGAAUCCGGGAAAUAGCUGAUGUCAAUGGCAUGCAAUUCGCUUUCCGUCCCGGAUGCAGCACCAGCGACCCUAUCUUUAUAUUACGACGUCUCCAGGAGUCCGCUCUGUCAAAAGGUUUAAAGCUCUACCACGUUUUUAUCGACCUGGAAAAAGCUUUCGAUCGAAUUCCUAGACCACUCAUCAUCUGGGCCCUACGUAGAAGACGCGUUGAUGAAUGGAUUAUUAACUUGGUGAUGCUAUUAUAUCGUAACACGUUUACCUGUGUGCGCACAAACAUAGGCGACACUGAACAGUUUGAAAUCAACGUGGGACUCCACCAAGGAUCCGUCCUUAGUCCACUACUUUUCACGAUUAUAGUGGACGCUAUUAGUGAAGAUAUACGAUCGGGGCUCCCGUUUGAAAUGCUUUACGCCGAUGACCUAAUUCUAACAGCUAAUAGCAUUGACGAGUUAUCUAUCAUGUUCGAUAAGUGGAAAAGAUGCUUGGAAUGUAAAGGGCUUAAAUUAAAUAUUGAGAAGACGAAGGUUCUAAUAACUGGCGAAAAGCAUGUAAAGAACCCACGCUACCCCUGCGGCGUCUGUCAUAAAAACGUCAACCUAAAUUCAAUCCAAUGUACAGCCUGCAAAAAAUGGAUUCAUAAAACCUGCAGUGGGAUUAAAGGCCCACUAAAAGACAACGUUAACUUUAUAUGUGCAAGCUGUACCUCACCUUUCCCUCUACCAUCACCUGUCCCAACCAUUCCUAGUACCAUAGAGAUAGCUGGUUCAUCGUUGGAAGUUGUCACAAAAUUUAUCUACCUAGGCGAUGUGAUUUCCUCAGAAGGCGGACCCGACCUAUCUUUAACUUCCCGUAUCAGGCAUGGAUGGAAGAAAUUCAAUCAAUUAAAACUCAUUCUCACCCAUAAAUAUAUUUCGCUUCAUACCAAAGGAGUGAUAUACAAAAUGGGAAUCCGACCAGCCAUUACUUAUGCUUCAGAGACAUGGGCGAUGACUAAAACAAACGAGAACAGGCUACUUCGAACCGAAAACCGUAUAAUCCUAGCGAUGACAUCGACGAAGGACUUGAGCGUUGAUGACGUCCGUAAAAAGAUGUCCAUUGAGCCCAUUUCCAUCUUCAUUCGUAGAAAUCGGCUUCGUUAUAUGGGCCACAUCGAACGGAUGGACGAAAAUAACUGGGUUAAAAUGGUUAGUAGGCUCGACCCGUCUGGGAAAAGAAGGGUAGGCCGACCGGCCCAUACUUGGCAGAAGACGAUUACUGAUGACCUCCGUAUUACCAAAAUUAACCCCACCUUAGCCCAAAACCGCGAUCUAUUUAGGAUGAAAAUUCAUGGAAUCUAA